AUGACGAACACCGAGGUUAGCGAAGUAAAACCCCAGAAGGACAAGGUUGAAAAGAAAAAGGAGGAAGAGAAGACUGAAUUGUCUGAAGAGGACAAAGUGCUUCAAGAGGAAUUAAAUAUGCUUGUGGAGAGGCUGCAGGAAAAUGACACAUCUUUGUACAUACCUGCUCUGGAAAGUUUACGGUCUCAAAUUCGUGCCUCCACAACAUCAAUGACAAGUGUUCCUAAACCAUUGAAAUUCAUGCGCCCUCACUUUGAUACCAUGAAGGAAAUAUAUGAGAAAAUAACGGAUCCUCACACUAAAGAACUUUCAGCUGAUGUUGUCUCAGUCCUGGCUAUGACCAUGUCAGAUGGGAGGGAUUGCUUGAAGUACCGGCUGCUUGGUACCAAAAAUGAAAUUGCCAAUUGGGGACAUGAAUAUGUUAGGCACCUCUCUGGAGAAAUUGCUGCGGAAUGGGCAGAUCUCCCUGUAGGUGAUGCUCAAGCACGGAAGAAUCUUGUAGACCUCGCUGGUGAAAUUAUUCCAUACAACAUGGCUCACAAUGCCGAAGCAGAUGCUUGUGAUCUUCUCAUGGAAAUUGAACGUUUGGAUCUGCUGCAGCAGUAUGUGGAUGAAAGUGCCUAUCCUCGUGUGUGCCUGUACCUCACCAGCUGUGUGCCCUACGUCCCAGAUCCAGAAAAUACAACUCUUCUGACAACUGCUCUAGAUCUUUUCCGGAAGUUUAAUCAGUACCCUCAGGCUCUUCGACUUGCCAUGCAACUGAACAACCACACUCUAAUUGAAGAGAUUUUCACAUCAUGCCCUGACCUCGCCAUGCAAAAGCAGCUUGCGUUCAUGCUUGGCCGACAGCAAAUCUUCCUUGAGCUUAAUGAAAGCACACCUGAAUAUGAUGAAUUGAUGGAAAUCAUGUCUAAUGGUCACUUGAACAACCACUUCUUAAAUCUAGCUCGAGAGUUGGAUAUUAUGGAGGCAAAGACACCAGAGGAUGUGUACAAAUCUCAUUUGGAUGCCCGACCUCAAUUUGGGGGUGGUCAGGUUGACUCAGCGCGUCAAAAUCUGGCUGCCAGUUUUGUUAAUGGUUUCGUCAACACUGCAUUUGGACAGGACAAACUCCUUAAAUCUGAGGGAAACAAAUGGAUGUACAAGAACAAGGAUCAUGGUAUGCUCAGUGCCACAGCUUCAUUGGGGCUGAUCCUUCUUUGGGAUGUUGACGGAGGUCUUACUCCUAUUGAUAAAUACUUGUACUCAUCGGAAGAUUAUAUCAAGUCUGGUGCUCUUCUGGCAUGUGGUAUUGUAAAUUGUGGUGUCAGGAAUGAGUGUGAUCCUGCUCUUGCUUUGUUGUCUGAUUACGUUUUACAUCAAAGCAAUGUAAUGAGAAUUGGUGCAAUUAUCGGCCUGGGUUUGGCUUAUGCUGGCUCUAACAGGGAGGCAGUUCUUAGUCUCCUCACACCUGUUCUUAGUGAUCCAAAAUCAACAAUGGAAGUUGUUGGUUUGGCUGGUAUGGCAUGCGGAAUGAUUGCCGUUGGUUCCUGUAAUGCUGAUGUAACCGAUGCUAUUGUACAGACUUUAAUGGAACGCACUGAGGCUGACUUAAAAGAUACCUAUGCCAGAUUCCUUCCUCUGGGACUGGGACUUUGCCAUCUAGGGCGUCAGGAAGCUGUUGAAGCUAUCAUUGCUGCCCUUGAGGUGAUCCCAGAGCCAUUUAAAUCAAUGGCAACCACUCUGGUGGAAGUGUGUGCUUAUGCUGGUACUGGCAAUGUGUUGAAGAUUCAGCAUUUGCUGCACAUUUGUAGUGAGCACCAUGAGCCCAGUGACAAGGAAGAGACAAAGGACAAGAAGGAUGACAAGAGCAAAAAGGAUGACAAGAAAGAUGAUAAAGAGAAAGAUUUUACCUCCAAGCAAGCUGUUGCUGUUUUGGGUAUCGCUCUUAUUGCCAUGGGUGAAGACAUUGGUUCGGAAAUGGCAUACAGAUCAUUUGGUCACCUGCUGCGCUAUUGUGAACCUGCUAUUAGAAGGGCUGUGCCUUUGGCAUUAGGUCUAAUCUCUGUCUCAAACCCAAAGCUUUCGAUUUUGGACACCUUAAGUAAAUUUUCCCAUGACAGUGAUGCAGAAGUAGCCCACAAUUCAAUCUUUGCGAUGGGACUGGUUGGAGCAGGCACAAACAAUGCCAGGUUAGCAGCCAUGCUCAGACAGCUUGCCCAAUUCCAUGGCAAAGAUCCCAACAAUCUGUUUAUGGUGCGCAUUGCACAGGGUCUAGUCCAUCUAGGCAAAGGUACCCUUACUCUUAGCCCAUACCACAGCGACCGGCAGUUACUGUCUCCAGUAGCAUUGGCUGGAUUGUUGGCAACACUUGUCAGUUUUCUUGAUGUCAAAAAUAUUAUUCUCGGCAAAUCCCACUACCUCUUGUACACUCUGGCAGCUGCUAUGCAGCCUCGUAUGUUAGUUACAUUUGAUGAAGAAUGUAACCCAUUAGCUGUGCCUGUGCGAGUUGGUUUGGCUGUUGAUGUUGUGGGUCAGGCUGGUAAACCAAAGACUAUCACAGGAUUCCAGACUCAUACAACCCCUGUCCUCCUAGCCCAUGGUGAACGAGCAGAGUUGGCAACUGAUGAAUAUAUUCCCUUGUCUCCAAUUAUGGAAGGUUUUGUAAUCUUGCGUAAAAACCCAGAAUUCGAACCAUAAAUUUCAAACUCUUUAUUAAUUUUUUAUGCAAGUUUAAUUUAACAAAAUAUCUUGGAACACUAAUUUUUUACUUCCUAAAACUGACCCUCAUGCUGAAUUUUCAAUGCGUUUCAGCAUUUAUGUACUGAUUUGGAUGAGUUCUGUGUUUAGUCUUUGAAUCCUCGAUUGAAACAGCAGAUUUAAGAGACUCUUUUAGUGUAUAUGUUCAUUUAAGCAAAUCACACUUAGAAUAGGUAUUAUGUUUGAGUAUUUCUACUUUGUACAAACUCUGAUCAUUAAAUGCUACAUAGAUCUAA